AUGGGCCUCCUGGACGAGGACCCCGUCGACAGUCUGGGUGAGAAGUCAACAGCAAUCACCUCGCCUACCGCUCUGUCCCCAGGGGCACAGAGUCCAUCAGGCGUCCAGAGUCCCCCGUCUGAACAACAGCAGCAUCAGCAUCAGCACCCGCAUAUCGACCAUGCCAAAGAGAAGCUACGCCAUUUCAUUCACCCUGACGGCCGGAAAAUCCACAUUGCUCACACACCCGAAGAGCACGCCAAACUACAUAAAGAGCUGAGCCAGCAGCAUGGCCCCGACGAAUUCGAUGUCGUGAUCUCCGGCACCCCAGAACAUCUCGCCGUAGUACGCGAGCUGCACGCCCAUCACUCGGCUCAACGCGACACGCUGCGGGAGAGACAUGGCGACGUCUUCUACGAGUUCGAGAAGGUCAGAGACGACCUGGAUCAUCUGUCCAACGAACUCAAUCAAUUGACCCAUCACGGAGUGGCCCUUGACGCCAACUUCAGCAAGUUUGGCUACACAGCGCGCAUCCGUACCAAGGACGACCACAGUGGCUCAUCGACACCGUCACAUUCAACAUCAACAGCCAACUCAGAGCAAACUUUACUCGACAAACAUCAGAGCCGCGUUGUCGAAGGUACGAAGUUCUUCAAACGGCCCGUCAUCCGCCAGUACUUCCACAAGGGACUGUUGUGGCGGUCUGCACGCAGCGGGGAGGUCGGCACCUUUGAGUUGUUCGCCGACUUGCUCUACGUGGGCAUUAUUGGCAUCAUUGGUGACAAGGCCUCUGAGGAUCCUACGGGGAAGUCGUUCUUGGUGUAUGCUAUCAACUUCACUAUGGCCUUCAAGAUCUGGAAUGAUUUAACACUCGUCUCGAACUGGUUCGAGCGAGACGACAUCGUCCAGAAGCUUUCUGUCAUGCUCUACCUGAUCCUCCUCUUCGCCUACACCACCAACAUCUCGUACGCGUUUGAGGAAAGGCAUCCCGGCGGAGAGUUCGACACAUAUAUUCCUAUGAUGUCCUUCUAUCUCGCUGAGAGGUUCUAUGGUGCCUUAUAUUUUACCUGGCUCUCUUACGUGGUGCCCCUGGUGAGGGGAACCCUCCUGUACACGUCCAUCAUCAUCCUUUUGGCCAUCGUGUUUUGGAUCAGCAGCAUCCACGUCGACUACCCCGGCCAACUGGGUUUGAUCUGGAUCGCGAUUGUCAUCGACCUCUGGGGCCAAGGGUUUGGGAUGUUCCUUUCGCGCGCCUCUGCCCGACACACGCACGCGCAGGGCAGUCGCAGAGAACGCUUUAUCCGAAAGUACUUUGAAUUUUACCCGGCCAUCAAUAUCGAGCAUCGGACCGAGCGCACCAACGCCUUUGUGUCGCUGGUGUUCGGCUAUUCGGUGCUCACCAUCCUCUACCAGUCCCGGGCACGAGUCGGCCUCAAUGCAUUUCUGGGCAAAGGCAUCCUAGGCCUCAUCCAAGCCUUCGCGUUCCAAUGGCUUUACUUUGAGAUCGACCACCAAGGCGUCCACGUCCACGCCAUCCGCCGCCACUGGCUUUCCAGCACCGUUUGGAUCACGUGCCACCUGCCCUUCGUGCUCUCGUACGUCUUGGGGGCCGCGACGCUGUCGAAACUCGUCCUCGCGCACGACUGCGACAAUGCCAAUGUCGAGGACUUGGGCGAGGCCUACCAACCCAGAUCGGUCGCGGAAAUUGACUCCGGUCUGCGCUGGUACUACUGCGGGGGCAUCGCGGCCGCGCUGCUGUCCAUGACGCUGCUCUCGUACUGCCACGUGCAUAAAACGCUGGAGAACCCGCGGCUGAGGAAAGUCCCGCGCUUGGUGAUCCGGUCGUGCAUCGCCAUUGCGAUCUUACUGCUCCCCCUGGCCAAACACCUCUCAUCCAUCAGCCUGAUCGGCACCACCACGGCGCUGGUCCUGUUGGUCCUGACACUCGACAUCUUCGGCAUGUCCUGCACGGGCGACCGCUUCUGGACCGGCGGCUGGUGCGAUGAGUCCAAGCGCGCCACACACUACGAGGCCCGCAUCCGCUGCAGCAAGCGCAAGAAGCAGGAGAUCAUCAAGGCCAUGCACCGUGGGGAGACCGUCCGGCUCGAAGAGCUGCUGCGCCGCCAGAGCACCAACUCCAGCGCCAUGAGUAGCCAGACUGAGCUAGGCGUGAGCGAGAAGCUGGGCGAUGAGGAGUGGCAGCACGCGGCGCUGUGA